ACCGGCUCCAUCAUUCUCACAUCCGAAGCGAUACUGCAGCACCAUACCCUUACCGCACCGCUUGCUUGCGCAGAACUGCUGACACCACCGCCAUCACCCAGAGGUCGGUCUCGCAUCAUGGACGUUGUCCUUCGCCUUCUGCUCGGCAUCUGCCUCGCCUCGUCCGCCUUCACCACCGCCCAGUCGACCGAUGAUGGCUCCAACCUUGUGUCCAGCAUCUACGGUGGCGACUCGACAACUACAGCAUCCGACAUCUCCACCGCUCUGCCAACAAGCGCAAACGGCAGCGACAACCACAAUGACGACGACCAUCGCGACGUCGGCGGUCUGGUCAACUACUAUUUCGUCUUCCUCGCGCUCUUCGUGAUUAUCACCGGCUUGGGUGCAUUCAUGAUGUACCGUAGGAAGAAAAGGGCCAUGCUGAUGUACCGCCACGGCCAGUCCAACGCUCUUCAACAGGAUGUCCAUCAGUGGGACCCGACACGAGCUCGGCGACGGCACUGGCAGGGAAGGUGGCGAUCUACGGACGAAACACAUGACGACAGAGAGAGGAAUGAGGGAUUGAACGAACAUGGAGAGGCUCCGCCCCCGUAUAUGCCCAAAGGGCGGAACGACGAGGAGGCGCUUCAUGAUCAUGCUGGACAAGGACUCGCUGUGCCGCUUGAGACUCUAUCUCGAGAACAGGCUGGACUCAAGCCUCCUGGGUAUGAAUACGCGGUGACGGAGCAGUAUGGAGAGAAUAUGAACACUGGGGCGACAAGUUCGACAACGAUCACGAGCGAAGAGGCGCAUCGAACGGGAUCAGCGCCACAGUAUCGCUAAUUUGAUCCUUGAUGGUUUACAUUUUCGAGAGUUCGAGAAAUCGCUCUAUCAGCGAAGCGAAGACAUUGUCGUUCAUAGCGAGGCGUUUAGGGGAUUCACGGGUCAUGACAGCACCGAGACUUUGUGGCACAGUUGUCAUAGCAUAGAAGAUCUGAGCUGACGCAUGAAAGUCGGCAUGAGAGGAAGAACUGGUCCUGGGAGAUGCGCGACCCAGAGAAACUAGGUCUCCAUGAAUACAACACGAA